CUCCAGCCCCAGGUCGGCUUUGGGAAGCAUGCUCCCCGGAAGAGGAGGAGCGGAGGCCCAGGACUGGCAUUUGGACAUGCAGCUGGCAGGCAAGGUGGUGCUGUCCGCCGCUGCCCUGCUCCUGCUGAUCGUGGCCUACCGACUGUACAAGUCGAGGCCCAGCCAGGCCCCACUGAGGGGCAGGAACGCCAAGGCCGAGGCCAAUGAGGAAGCCGAGGGCUCCGGGCAGCCUGCAGUCCAGAAGGCUGCUCCCAGGUCACCGCACUGGGUACUGAGACACCGGAGGGGAAGCAAGGGGACCAGAGAGGUGCCAGGCCAUGGCUGGGAGAAUCAGGGGGACUCCCAAGUCCUGGCAACAGGACCCUCUCCAGAGGACUCAGAAGCCCACGAGGCUCAGGAGCCCGAGGAGAAAGGCGCUGGUGAGGAAGGGGGUGGGCAGCGCCCGGACUCUGAGCUGGGGCCUCCUCGCUACAGUGGCCGGGAAGCCGGAACAGCUGCUGGCAGUGAGCCCGAGCUACCCCCCCACCCCCAUCUGGGCAGCGAGUCCCAAAUCUCCCGCACUGGCCUCACCACGGGGGACGGGGGCGGUGUGGGCAGUGAGCCUGCCCUGCGGCUGGAUGGUAGCCCCCCGGGGCAUCCCCUGGAGCAGGAAGCCAUCCCCACCACCUGGAUAGCCCACGUGGAAGGCCAGAGUUACACAACCAAGAACUGGGUCUUCACCCGAGCCUCAGGAGCUUGGCACCACAGGGAGGAGGCCAGGGCCCUCCAGGCCGCUGCAGACAUGGGCCUGACCGUGCGUCAGCAAGAGGGAAACACCAGCGCCUCCUACACCUACGCGUCGGUGGCCCGGGUGCGUGUGGAGGAGAAUUUUCUGCAGGAGAAGGUGGAGGGGGUCGGGCCCAGGCUGAAGGGCAAGGUGUAUGAUUACUAUGUGGAAUCCACCUCGCAGGCCACCUCCAAGGGCAGGCUGGCCUGCAAAACAGCUGCCCUGGCUGAGGCCCCACCCCUCGUGCCACUGCCAGGCCCCCCGGAAGCAGGGGCAGCUUCAGGGGGCCAUGCCGCUGACCGGGAAGGUGGAGCAGAAUCACCCGGGUCCUCCCAGCCCAGGCCGCCCUCCACGCAAGGCUUCAGCAGGAAGGACAGCCUCCUCCAGAUCCUGGAGAACCCAGAGCUCCAGCUGCAGCUCGAUGGUUUGGGGGCCCCCACUCCAUCCUACCCUGAUGGGAGAGCCCUGCCCGGCCUCCCCCUACCCCGGGCUUCUCUGGGGUCCAGCUCAGCCGGAAGCGGUGGGGAGCCCCAUGUGCAGCUGGUGGCAGGGACCAAUUUCGUCCACCUCCCGCUGGCCCCUGGGUCCACCCCCGACGUCCACCUGGAUCUGGGCAACUGCUACCAGGUACUGACCUUGGCCAAGAGGCAGAAGCUAGAGGCGCUGCAGGAGGCAGCCUACAAGGUGAUGAGUGACAACUAUCUCCAGGUCCUGCGCAGCCCAGACAUCUACGGGUGCCUGAACGGCACUGAGCGGGAGCUGAUCCUCGGUCGCCGGCUGCAGGGCCGCAAGCACCUGGUGGUGGCCGAUGUGUGCCCCCAGGAGGGCUCUGGCUGUCUCCGUUGCUAUGAUGACGAGCGGGACGUCUGGCACCCGCUGGCCUGUCUGCCCCCCGAGGCCGUGUCCCGAGGCUGUGCCCUCUGCAGUCUCUUCAAUUACCUCUUCGUGGUGUCCGGCUGCCAGGGGUCUGGGAGCCAGCCCUCCAACCGCGUCUUCUGCUACAACCCGCUGACGGCCAUCUGGAGCGAGGUGUGCCCGCUCAAUCAGCCCCGGCCACACUGCCGGCUGGUGGCCCUGGACGGCCACCUGUACGCCAUCGGGGGCGAGUGUCUAAACACGGUGGAACGCUAUGACCCCCGCCUGGACCGCUGGACCUUCGUCCCCCCGCUCCCCAACGACACCUUUGCCCUGGCACACACGGCCGCGGCAUGCGCGGGGGACAUCUUCGUCACGGGCGGCACCCUGCGCUACCUGCUGCUCCGCUUCUCUGCCCGGGAGCAGCGCUGGCAGGCCGGCGCCACGGGGGGCGGCAAGGACCGCACGGCUGAGAUGGUGGCGGUCAACGGCUUCCUCUACCGUUUUGACCUCGAUCGCAGCCUGGGCAUCAGCGUGUACCGCUGCAGUGCCAGCGCCCGCCUCUGGUACGAGUGCGCCGCGUACCGGACACCCUACCCGGAUGCCUUCCAGUGCGCCGUGGUGGGCGACCUCGUCUACUGCGUGGGCCGCCGGCGCAUGCUGUGCUUCCUGGCUGAUCACGUCUCGCCCAGGUUUGUGCCCAAGGAGCUGCGGAGCUUCCCCUCACCGCGGGGCACCCUCCUGCCCACCGUCCUGACCCUGUCCCUCCCCGAGGUGCCUCAGACCAGGGUCUAGCUACCCUCUACCAGACUGCUGCAAAACCGGGAAGCGACAAGCACCCCUACCCGGCACUCUGUGAGCCAUUUCUGGGAGUGCAGGCGGCUCAGGCAUUUGGCCAGCGAGGGGUAGAUUCUAAGCCGCCCUGCUCUGCUGGCUGGGGGGGCCCUGGGAUGCGGCUUUGCUGGCAGUGGGAUGCAGAGCUAGAAUCAGGGACCGGGCAGCCACGUGUGCAGGGACGAGUGCCGCCCUGCCUCAAAUCUGAAUUCUUGGAGGAAGGGAUGUCAGGACCCUGCCAAAGUUCAGGGGCAUAGCCUCAUCCCAACCACCAGGUCCUGUGGUUGACCCCCAAUAGCCCCUCAAACCGACCCUGCUGGACGUGGCCCAGCUCAUUAUGAGACACCAGAGUCCCUUCCUAAACACUGGCCACUGAGCCCCUACCUCCAGGGUUCCCAGAAACACCUGGGGCACACAGGGAGGUGUUUUGGGCCGUGCAGAGAGCCCUGGGGAGCCCGCAGGGGUUUGGCCAGAGGAGACAUGGUUGAAGAAGUAGAUCAGCGACAGUCAGAGCUGCCCAUGGGACUCUUGCCUCCAGAGCAAACUGACCAUUACCCGCUGCACUUUUUCUCAUUACCUAGAAUCCUAGUAUACUAGGAGGAGAAGCCUCCAAUUAGUAGCCAUUCGAAAACAUUCAUCCUGUAGUGGUCCACUAAGGACGCCAGUGGUCCCAUAUCUGAGGUCUCAGGAGGGAGAAGAGAAGAUGUGAUCUGUCAGCACCUGUCUGCCUGGGACAUUGCUUGGGCCCAUUGCUAACUGACCACUGACCAUUCCCCAGAGCUCAGAGCCUGCACAAUACAGCUGUCCAAACAACACAGCCCUCACCUCAGGGAGCAGGGACAGCCACUGCCAGGCACCCCUCCUGGACUGUUGAGAGAUUUUGGCAUAAUUUCUCCUCCCUGUGCUCGUGGUCACCUGGUCUGCCUGGUCAGGCAAGAGAGGAGGGAGGGCGCUGAGGAACUAGAAAAGUCUAAUGUCACAUCAGGACCCUGGGACCUCCUCUCACAUCAGGGUCCGUAAAUGUGGAAAGCGCAGAGACCCUCCAUCCUUAGGAAGUUGCCCAUUCCUCUUUGGAGGGGAGAGAGAGAGACCGGUCCAAUCUAUUGUGGCAGGCCCAUUCUCUCGCUGAGGAUGACACAUACACGAGGGAAGGGCAGUGAUGCUCCAGGGGCCAGCCAGAAGCCAGGGCAGCAGGAAUCCCUUCUAAAGUGACAAGCAGCCUAGAGAAAAGAGGUAGAGAUGGGGAUGCAGCAGUGCAGGCCUGACAAGUGGGGACCCGAGGAAGCUUUGGAUUUUAGUGUUCCAACGUUGAAAAUGGGAAGGAUAGUUCAUGGUCUUCUCUGCCAGAGAAAUGAGAACUCCUGGAGAAAGUCCUCCCCAAGUUCCCCUCGGGGUCUGGACGGGAGCUCGUGUUCACAGCAGCUGCUAGGGCUAAGCCAGGGUCUUCCUGGGAAAUACACGAUAGAACAAGGAAUAACAGGGAGGUUGGCAUGGAGAUGAGAACUAGGCCACUCAAAGCCACCAUCCCCAUUCUAGGGCCUGGAAGGUGAGGCUGCCUAGUCUAUUCCUAACUUGGAGUCUGGUGACCUCCCCCAUUCCCUGCCAAGGCCAUGCUCAAGCUCAGAGCCAACACUCAGACAUGAGCAUCCAAAGGACCCCCGGGGUGGAGGGGAAGUGGGGGUAACUCAGUGAUAUGACUGGGCCAUGGCACGGGCAUCAUGAUGGCAGGCUGGGAGUUGCUUGGAAGGCGAACCCCAUCUGGGAGCUAGGGGCACAUGGAGCCAGAUCCAGCCCCCAAGGGUAGGCUUCCAGUAAGGAGCCGGGCAACGACUAGACCACAACCAAGCAAGGAGACCACGGGGGAGGGCUCCAAACCCAGGGUGAACUAGGGAUCACUCCAGAAAAAUUUCAGAGCCCCAUUGCCUCGGGCAUGUUCUCAUGGCCAGGACUAGGGAAGCAGCAGUUUGUUCCCGACCCACUGCUGGUGGAGUGCGGUCUUCAUGAUGAAGGGAGAGCUGAGAUGGGAAGUAUAUGGGGCCCUUCUCAUCUACCUGUGCAGACAUCACUAAUUGAUUGCCUUAUCUUUUCCUAUUGAGCCCCAGAAGGGGGCUAACACCGGGCUCUAGGCACUUAUCCCUGAUUGACCAGAGCUGGUGCGUUUCUCAUCACCAGCCUGGGUCUCCAGAGCUAGCCUGAGGGAAGUAAGCAGUCAGGACCAUCCUGGUAGAGCAAGGUCGUUCAGGGAGCCUGCAAAGACCACCUGGGUCCAAGACAGCCAGGAUUCUUUCAGAACAUUUAGGCCGGGCACUGUUCCAGGCCCUGGGAAUGCAGCAGGUCCCUGCCCUAACAGAGCUCACGUUCUGUUGGAGGAAAACGGGCAACUUUUACAAACAAAUGCAUAAUCAAAUGAAUGGGACCCAUGCUGCAUACAUUCAAGGAAGGCAGAGGAGGCAAAGAAGUAGUAUCGUGUGAUCAGCCUCCCUGAUAAGGAGACAGUGAGCAGAGCCCUGGAUGGAAAUCCGGGAAAUGCAUGGACCAGGGCUGGUGCUCAGGGCACCAGUGGGGGCUUCGUCACCCUGGCCGGGGAGGACAGAGCUGCCUACAAGGAGCUCCACCUCGGAGUGAAGAGGUCGGGACCCCAGCCGUCCUGCUCCAGCCAUUCACGUGAGGGAGCGUUCAGGAAAGAGGUUUCUUGAACGAUGGUAAGCUACAUUCCCCGGAGAGAAGCAGAGGGCACGCAUUUAAGGGAAGAGCCCAGAUUGCACACGCCCGCCAUGCCGUGUCCCGGUGUCCGCCCGCCCAUGAUCCUCUGUGGGGUCGGAGUCUAGGACUUCCACUUGACCUUGUGGGAUAGCCUUGUCCGGCCACCUCGAGCCUUAAGCCUCAUGGCAGCCUGUGUGCGCUUGGCCUCUCCCUGGGUCACCCAUCCUGCUUGCCCCUAAAGAGUUUCCUCUUUAAGGCAAAACAAAAACCACCCUUCAGUUUGGGCUGCUUUCCACGUGGGGCCAACCACGGUUUUGUAGGAAAGAAAAUUGGUAGAUGCAGGAGUACCAAAAAACCUCCCCAGCUUCGCCCCCCAAAGACCACCCCCUCUGCAGUGCGUGCCCUUCCAGCCUGUGCCUCCUUUUCCUUGCCUUGAUUUUUGUCAACGCGUGAUUAUGCUGAAUGCACAAUUCAGCGGCUUCCUUUUUCCACUUAGCUUUUUAGAAUACGCAUUUUCCAUGUUGCUACAAACCCUCGGUAAACACCAUUUCAAUAGGUUGUGAUGUUCCAUCCAGUGACUGUACCACGGUUUAUUUAAACAAUCCCCCCUCCUGUCGGGCCUCUAGGUGUUUUUGUCCCCCUGUUGGUUUCUUUUUCCAUCAUAAAUAAACCUUCCUUUGUUUUCCUGUUCCUCUCUGUCUGGGGCCUCCAUCAAUAUUUACAAGAGAAGCCCAGUCCAGGGCUGGUCUGGAAUACAGGGUUGCUGAGGCAAGCCCAGAAGCAGCAGCAUCUGCCUCGGGCCCCACUCUGAGUGGGGGCUACGGGGCUGCUCUUGGAAAUGCCCCGCCAAGAAGGCAAGGCCGCCCGGAGGGCUGUCCCAGGCACCCUGUGGCAUUGCCGGAGCCGGAACGUAAGGUACGGGCCAGGUGUCCAGAGCCCCUUCCCAGCAUAGACCAAGCACUGGACUAGAUGCUUUCUACACAUCAUUUCACUGAGCCCCACAAUAACCCCAUUUUACAGGGAACAAAACUGAGGCUCACAAAGUUCAAGGAAACUCACCUUCAUGGCAAAGUUCAAAAGACCUUCAGGUCUCUUCAAAACACUCUGGAACCUGGCCUGCCUACUCUCGGUCCUUCCAAUCCCCUAUCAUGAAGCCCUGGGGCCAAGGACUUGGGAUCAGCCAUCCACUGGGCCACUCCCACCCCCUCCCCCACUCACAGUGAUCUCGUAUCCUUGAACUUUGAACUCAAAGACAAUAUUCCU